UCGGGCAAAGCGCGCGCGUUCUCUGGUCUGGGGGAGUGAAUGUCUCUGCGCUUGGUCGCGUAAGGAUUGCGAAAAAAUCACGUAUUCAGACCGUCGUGUUGACAGACGGAAGGAUACGUAAAUUUUGCUCCGCGUAGAAAUCGAUACACUUGGGGAGCUGGGUGUGGAAAAUUUUCUUAGCCUGUGUCUUUGUUGGAGAGUCUACGGGCGAACAGAGAUGAAAAUUUUUGAUGCGAAUGAAUACGCGAAUGUUCGUCGAUGCUGCUACUUGAAGCAACGGAAGAACGUGAUGAAGUGACCGAAUAGCUACAGAGUUGCAGCUGAGGAAGGCAGUGAUUUGUUGAUAGUGAUUCUGGUAAACAUGCACGUGGAAUGUGAGCCGUGAACGUGUUCGGUUUCCGUGCCAGACUUGCUUGUUAGCAUCGUUGAAGAGUAUUCCAUUCGCGGGCGAGGAGGGAAGGUGGCUUUUAAGUGAUCACCGGCAGUGAAUAACAAACAGUGCAGAACGGUGAAAAUGAGGUCCGUCAAGUGAAUUAUGUGAAUGGGCAGUUGAUCGUUUGCCGGGGAAUCGAAUGUUAUUCUAGAAGCGGGUGCAUGUGAAACGAGUGACCAACCUCAGAGUGCACAUAAAAAGCUAAUCGCUUAGUGGAAAUUGAAUUUUAUUACCGGACCCCAUCCUGUAGUGAAUGUGUGCCAACAGCGGAAGAAGCGAAGAGAACCCACAAAACAUGUCGCAUUGUUGUUGGGCGAAGAAUAAAUGCUGCGUGGGCAGAAGAGGUGUCGGAGUAUGAAUGAAAUCUAUUCAGAAGAAGAGGGCACAGUGCCAGUGAGUGGCGUAAUAGGCAUUUUCGGGCUAUUGUUAUGCUAAUACGAUGUUUAACAAAUUUCACGCGCUGCAAUAAAGUUUUAGUGGCCGCUCGGAUUUGUCGGGCCCAGUGGGAAGAAAGUUUGAAUCGAAUCGAUUGUUCAUCUCCGCUCAAGUGUUUUUUUUUUCUGAACAGAAAACACGAACAAAGGCAGAAAUGAUGAACGGAAAUUGAAGAUGCAGAACUAGACAGAGUGGGGCAGUACCGGCAAAUGUAAAAACCUCAACUAACCGGCUCGGAAGAAGCCGUUGACGACGACGACGACGACUACGAUAACUAAAGGCCGUGCGACUCGAACGUACCUACAACAAAAGUGUAAAACUAGGAGGCCUGCUGCAGUCAGUCGAUGGAACACAGUGAGUGAUUGGAUAAUUGGCGUCAGUGAAAUUAAUUGAGGUGUAUUCAAGUCGGAGCUUAUUCCGUGGGUGGAAUGGGGCAAUACUCGUUCUAGACCGUGAAAUAACGAUGAAUGCUGAGUUGUGGAAACUUUCCAGUCCAGUGUCGCGUGGUUGGAAGCAAUUCAUUUGAAACAAUAAAGAACUGUGUCAUGAUAGGAUGUUAUUUCACUAAAGUGACGAUUGCUGGCUGAAGAAGAAUACUUAGUUUAUUGAAGAAAACCCCGACCGAACGGGAUCCACAUUCAAAUUCUGAAGCCGACCCCCAUGGCCACUGGUAACAUUUUUUCCCGGCUCACGGAGGGUGCCCAUCGCUCCCACAACGGAAAGUAAAUUUCGAAGAAUAAUGAGUACGCAAUGUUGGCAACGUGCGGACCAAGAGGGUUCUCCCGUUUCGCCAAGGAGUCCGAAAUAAAUAAAUUAUCCUCCGGGUUUUGAGCAGUCGACAAAAAUCAACCUCAUUUAGGUUGGAGCACCCGAACCACCGAGUUUCCAACACGGGAACAGAGGAAACCGACCAGAAGCUACGGGAAAGGGGGACGCGUCCCAACGGAAGAUAACGAGGUGGAAGUGAGCCACAUCCCUUUUAUCGCCAGGGAACGAUAGGGACAUGCAACAGCACCCCCAACGGAAUACCGGCCGGUCAUUUACCCAAUCUUCAAAUCUAGCUCCGAAGGGGGCGGCGGCCAUAUGCUGGCGAAGAAACAAAUUUAUAAAGAACCCACCGAAGGACGUCUCUGGUUCAGUCGCUUUCGCUUCCCCGCUGCUGUGGCAAUAUUGAAUAUUUAAAUUCAGUACCGUGAAAUUGAAAGUGAACUUCCUGGACCAGGAGCAGGAAAAAAAAGGAAUCUAAUAAGUGUGUGCUCGAAAUUCCAGUAGCCUCUUGGAUUUUCAUAAUUUUAACUUGCGGACAUUUGUGGGGGCGGACGUCGACACCGACUGAGCGUCAUUUGAGACUGGACGAGAACAGGACUAUGUAAAUGAAUGUCAAAUUUAUGUUAAUGUGAAAGCAAAGAUAACGACAACGGCAAAUCUGAACCCCAACUGGGCAUAAAGGAAAAGGCAGCUGUGAUUUCAAGAUGCUCGCCGAAAUCAGCCGUCGUACCUAAUUGAAUCCAACACUUCGAACCGCCCCCACCAACGCGUGGUGCGCACGACGCAAACCGAGCUCCGGCCAGGCAGCGGAAACUUCAAGACGGAACACCAUUUAUCUCCCCCGAAGUGUCCACAGCGAAGCGACCGUGCGGUGGGACAACGACGGCAGAUAAGUUGACAACAGAGCCAUGACAGUGUCAUCGUCACCUCGGUUCCCCAGGGCAACGGCGGCUGCUGCGUCGGUGGCGACGACGACGACGGCGCUGACAGCCGUUUGUCCCCCACGAUGGACGGGUCGACGUUGGCUUGCCGGCACGCUGCUGGUGCUGCUGAUUUGCAUACCGAGGCAGAUAAUUGGAUUCUGUCCGUCACUGUGUACCUGCGAGGCCGAUCGCAAUCUUCGGACAUCUUGUAUCAACGCGUCCCUCGAGGUCGUUCCGAUUCAGCUGAACCCGGACGUGCGACACAUCAAUCUCAGCUCCAACGCAAUUACCAAUGUGCACUUCACUCUCGGAUUCUACUAUCAGCUGGAGGUGCUGGACAUCUCCUACAACCGGCUCGAUACGCUGGGCUCGAAGAAUUUCGAAGCGCAGGAGAAGCUGCGGGUGCUCAAUUUGAGCGAAAACGUCCUCACCAAUCUGUCCAAGGACACCUUCCGGGGUCUCAAAAAGCUGGAAAUUCUCAAACUGAACGACAACCGGAUAGAGAAGAUUCAUCCAACGGCGUUUCACGGGUUGUUGAAUUUGCUGGAACUGGAUCUGAGCAAUAAUCAGAUAGUUAGCUUCGACGAGGAUGUGCUGAAGCCUCUGGCAACGCUCGAGAGGCUUUCCUUAGAGAAUAAUCAAAUACUAGAAGUGCCAUUCGAUACGAAUUUAGAAUAUCUGCGAUCAUUGAGGUUUUUGGACCUGUCGGUUAAUCUGAUUGAAUUGGUCGGCAAUGACAGUUUAGAGUCGUUGCGGGAGCUGAGAACACUGAAACUGGAUGGCAACGUGCUGACGGAACUAGACCAGGGUGCAUUCAACGGGUUGAGUGCACUGAAACAUUUGGAUCUGGCCGAUAACAAUUUGACGGUCGUCCCAACGAUACAGCUUUCGAAGCUCUACAAUCUAACCACUCUUUCGCUGAGUGGCAACUCAUUCAGCCACCUGCCAGCCGUAUCGUUUCUGAACCUGUUUCACCUGCGGGAACUGCAUUUGAACCGGCUGGAUCGACUCGAACGCAUUGACACUCGAGCCUUCGUAGACAACACGUACCUCCAGAUCCUCUCCCUAGAUGACAACCCUUCGUUCAGCGAUCUUCCGGUGCGUUUGUUCUACGGCAAUCCAAACCUGAUCGACAUCUCCGUGCGCCGGAACGCCCUGGUGUCGCUGGAUGCAGUCCAAUUUCCCCUGGACAGACUGCAGCGGCUGAAGCUGGCAGGUAACCCGUUGGUUUGCAACUGUUCCAUCCGAUGGCUGUGGCGUCUGGUGACCGGUACGGUCGAUGAGGAUGACAGCGACGGAGUUGGCGUUGUCGGCCGUAGUGGAGAUAGUUUGGUGAAUAUCACAACUGUUCUCAUGAUCGACAAGGAUGAAAUUGGUUGCGAUCAGAACGAAGAUGGGUUGGUAACAAGAAGGAUCUUGCGAAACAUGUCAGAGGGAGAUAUUAAUUGUCCCGCCCAUUUGAUAACGGUUAUCAGUGUGGUAGCGAGUAUUCUGCUAGUUCUACUGGUUGCAUUAGUUAUAGUCUACUACCGCAGGAAAUUUAGACAGCGAAAGAAAAUUCUUCAGGAAAGGAAAAAUAUUCAUGAGAGGAUAGUUCCUCAGAAAGUAGAUAAAUUAGAACUGGAACGGUAUCUGGCUCAGCAGGUGUUGGCUAACGAUUAUCGAGAGCUUAGACCUUGCGACACCAGCAACAGAUACGACACCAAGAGCUCGACACAACCCCUCCAAACCCCUGAUCCGGAAGAAUCCGAUCACUACGAGAACAUUGAUUACCUCCAGCAUCAGCGAGCUUUGAAUCAUCACAACCAUCCGUACCAUCAUAACCAACACGCUCACCCCUACCACCAACAAUCCCAAAACAUCCCCGCAAUGACGCUCCAACAUCCCAUUCAAUAUCCCCAGAAGUACCCCCCGUUGCAUCAAACUGCCAACAACACUCUUCCAGUGCCUCCACAACAACAGCGAAAUGCACAAAACCACUCCUACUCCCCAAACUUUUUCAUCUACGUGCUUUAUUCGCACUUCAUCUUCCUGUUGCUGAUAUUAUGAUGAAUUACAGCAAAUUUUCGGUCGGGAUCCUCCACUCCAAGCUCAAAACGCUAUGUAAAAACAUUUCUAGCAGGAAGUUUCGUUCGUUAGGCCAAACAAUGUUCAAGUUCUAUUGUUUUCACGAAUACGUACACAAACUAAAUGUUGACAGAAGAAUAAAACAAACACCAACGCUGCAUACAAUCAUUCUAACUCAUACAGAAAGAGAUCAUUUAUUUCAUAUAUAUAUUCAUCGCUAGCUAAAAAUAAACUUAAACGGUAAAAGACAAUUUAUUCAUUACGAUAUACAUGCAACAAGACAAGUGAAUGCAAACAAACAAGAAAGUAGCAAAAAAAAGAAGAGGAUAUAAUCUAUUUUGUACAGUCAUUUUUCAUAUUUAUAAGUCAAAACUUCAAUCAAAUUGUAUGUACAUUCAGAUGCAAUAAUAACUUAGUCUAGGGAAAACCAUUCGUUGCUACUAACUGAAGCUCGUUUUCUUUAUUUUGUUGGAUAUUCUACGUUUCCUAUACUUUGUUCUGCCAUACUAGCAUCGUAAGACUAUUAUUUCCCAAUUAAGCUAAGCAACCGUUAUCCGUACUUACAAACGACAGAAAACAUGGAAAGGAUUACGAAGGAAACACACCACACAACAGUCAUUUCAUUGAUAUAUUGAAACACUUUUGAUAAACUAUUCAUUGAAUAAAAAAAACUAAGGUAAUGGAGCAUAUUUCAUCAUGCUUUGAGUCAGAUUAGAAAUUCACAGUCAACAAUACGGUUUAUAUUUUCUGCUACAAAUUUACUACCGUAUUUAAAUUCUUCGGAAGCGAAAAAGACAAGACAGGCUGAAAGCAGAAUACAACAACAUUAGGAUUAGUUCAGAUAAAAUUUGAGAGAAAAAAAAACAAAACGAACGCAGUGUAACACGAAUAACUUCCCAUCUUUUGGGGAUGACGGGAGUGAAAUUUAACGAAGAAUUCUUGAUAAAACAAAAAACCAAUAACAGCAACAGCAACCACACAUACUCUGUUCUAAUAUAAGUUGUUAUAAGACUGAAGACUAUUGCGCAAAAUAAAGGACGGAAUAUUAAA